AGGUAAGAAAAUACAGAAAGAGAAAAGGGAAAAGACAUCAAAGGAUAAUCUGAUCCCAUCAAUGUGAGUCCUGGUCUUUAACUCUAUCUUCCUCCGUUGAACGUGGGAGAAUAACACAGAGAGUUAGAGACUAAAGCAGCAGCAUCAAUGGCUACCAUGUUUCUUCCUUCAACUCCACCCAUUUUCAACUCUCCGUCCCAUUCAUCCCCUAACUUCCAAUUCUUCAGAUAUCAGAUAAGUUCACCUGUUUUCCAUACGAAAUGCAAAUCAAAAGGCAAAGUAUUUGCAUUUUCUUCAAAACCUUUCUCAGAGUUUGGGCUUUGUAAGAGGGAUUUCUUGGUCUUUGGCUUAUCUAAUUCUCUCACCCUAAUUUUCCCUACCUCUGCCUCUGCUAAUAUUGCAGGACAUGGUGCUGAGGAAGUGAAAAUGAUUGAUUUUGUUGAUGAUAUAAAUGCUUAUACUUACUCAUAUCCCUUGGAGCUUCCCUCUAGAAAGCGUAGCUUUAAAUGGGUGGAAUCCAGAAAGCCAGAAAGAUAUUCAUCAGCUGCCCCGCUUUCUCCUAAUGCACGACUGCGUAUAGUCUCUGAGCGUGUUGACUUUAUCAACAACCUCAUCAUUUCUGUUACGAUAGGCCCUCCGAAUCCGGAGUUCUUGAAAUCCAAAGAUACAAGUACUUGGACCGCUAAAGAUGUUGCUGAUUCAGUCUUGUCCGACAAAUCUGCAUUGCGAGUGACUUCAACCCAAAAGUUGGCUGAGAGCUCCAUACUUGACACGCAUUUAAGUGAAAUUGAUGGUAAACGAUAUUGGUUCUAUGAAUAUUUAGUACGCAAAUCACCAACAAAAACUGCACAAGGGUCAAACAACUAUAGACAAUAUAUUGCUUCAACUGCUGAGCGUGAUGUAAUUGCAGGAUAUUUAUAUACGGUGAACGCUUCAACUUUAAGCAAACAAUGGAAAACUAUGGGACCUUUUUUAGAGAGAACAGUCAACUCUUUUCGGCUUCUUCCCCCAACCGAUGAUUACGUCCCUCCAUACAAGGAUCCUUGGAGAUUUUGGUGAUUGCGAUCUUUGAUUGGCUCUAGUUUUCCAGAAGAAAAUUUGAGGCAGAGACGUAUUGAUUUAUUGAUGUUGCUUUGGGCUCGAGACAUUACAUUCGAAUAUUCGUUCACAUGUAGAGUCUUCUUGUGUUUGUGUAUGUAGCUUGGGAAGAAGUAAUUUUUGUUGUAGUGAAAGAAUUUCCGAAGACUAGUUCAAUGUUCUCAUUUACUCAAUUAUAAAUAAAGGAAAUAUAGAUUGAAUUUUUUGAUUGUUAUGCUC